AGAUUUUUUUGACAUAGGAAACAAUCUCUGCAGCGUGGCAGAGAGGACAUCAAGCUGCGAAAAGUAGUGCAGCUGAGCAGACGAGCCUCGCUGCUGUCUGGUGGGUCGCUGCGAGCAUCUCGUGGUUUGACUGUCUCGCGGACUGCCGGUUGCAACUGCCCAUCAAGUGGUGGAGACACGAACUCUGCAAAACGAAGGUCCAACCACGGAACAACCAACCAGGGUCUACUCCUCCCCAGCGUGCAGAUGAAACAAGGACUGUAGCUGUGCUUUUACUAUUCCACCAGUGGGUUUCUGGCGGCAGGCUUUCUCGUAGCGACAGCAAACCCGUGUUGCAGCCCACGGAGCACUACAAGGGUUGAGUGAACGGAGAAAGACGAACGGCGAGGUCUUGCUGUGCGAGCACGUGCGCGACUACUUACUUACUCGUCCGUGCACGACGACACAACCCUGCGCUUGUUCCAAACGCUUUCCCAACUUCCCCCGAAGGACCAACUCCGUAGAAGCACCAACGAGCUUUCAAGAAGAUUUUUUCCAGCGCCUCCGCCUCCGAGAGGAAGCAGUAAUCAGUACCCAGUGGACGAGUUCUUUAUUACCCUGAAAAGACGAAGGUCGCGCGACCAACCUCAAGGCCGGUAGUUCGCUCUCCUGACAGAGCGGUUCCUCGUGGAUUCUGACUUUUCUUCGGGUUUACGCUUCUAGCACGAGGACUACGUCGGCGCACACAAGAUGGCGCGGCCGGUGGACGAGAAUGACCUGACCAACGCCAUUAUCAAAAGGAAAAAUCCGCCCUCCCCAGAUCGAGAAGGAAAUCUGUGAUGCUGGAUUUGCGUACACAAAUCAAAUUUGUCUUGCAGUACAGGACUGCAGGCCAAUAUCAAGCCAAUAUAGAGGGGUUUUGGCCUAGGCAGUUAGCAUGAGGAACGUCUAUGCUGUAGGCCCAACAGCAUUACAAACCGCCUGCGUGAUAAUGGGGUGGAGCAUAUGCCGUUGCUUUCUUGCAACACAGACGCGAUUUGAGGCCACAGAUCAGCAUCACAAAUUUUCUGCGGCGUGCCUUUUUGAUGUGGGGAGGGGGGAUUUUUCCUUACGAUAGCCAUGGACCUGCUUCGGCAGGAGAUGAACUCCGUGCAAGACAAGGCGUUGAAGCUGGUACAGAGUUGCUGCUUGUCGUGCGUAUGAACGUAGCAGAAAAGGAGAUUGUCUUGCAUUGUCCGCAUAGUAGAAACGCAUCGUUAAUACAGAAGUACCCGCAUGACAACCCAAAAUGAUCCGACAGGUCGACAAGAAGAUGGGUGGUAUGAUCACGGAGAAGGCAACAAGCUUGAUGUCAGUUAUGGAACACAGAAUGGUUUGUUCUUUUCAACAUUACAGACUUAUUUUGUACAGUCUGAAGGUUGCAUGACUUCUCGCUCAGCAUGACAAACUUCAUCACGCAAUGUCAAUGACAUCGGUCAGCAUGACAAAAAACUCCGAAAAGAAACAUCAAACCUGAUUUCUAUUCCAUACCCGACGUGAUGACGUCCGUCGAUGCGAAGCAACAGAAAAUGAUGAAAACCAUCGAGGCAAAAUUUAACUCAACGGAGAAAGCGAUAGGGAUAAAGAUAAAAGAAGGCGACGACAGACUCGGCGACAGGAUAGACGACACAAAUCGGGAAUUAGCAACAACAAGACACGAUUUGGCGAGAAAUGUAUUCAUACGUAUGGAGAUUUGAAGAUUUGAUGUCGCCUCUUCAACCGCAUGACAGAUGACAAUUGUAUAUGCGUAAAGAACUAUAUUACCACGACUGUAGAAGUAGUAGAGAAAUUGAAUUUUCCAGGUGCAAGAGCUGAAGAACAUGAUGGCAGAGCUGCGGCAAGAAACCCAGGACUCCCUCAACGACUUCAGAGAGCACGUCGACGCCGCACUGGCACAAGCUAACAAGCAGGGGGAAGACACGGCGAAACGGUUAGAAGAGGUCAACCAGAUUUUGGAAGACGCCCUCGCGGAGAUGAGAAAAAACCACGACAUAGUGAACACGCGAUUGGACGGUAUGGAUUGGUCUUUUUGUUGAAUUUUAUGUUGCGGGAGAAUGGAAGUCAAACACUGCAUGGUGUUGGAACAUUGGGUUAAGUUUAGGCGCAUGGAGGUGAAAAACAAAUGGGCCACAUGACGAACCACCAUCAUACUUAUUUCAGGUCUGAUCAUGUACCAGCGGCAGCUCGAGCAGGAUUUAUUCGCGUGUGAAAACGUCGCGGCCAGAAGAGUGGAGUGGGAAAUCACGGACGCAAAACGACUCUUGCUCGCGAGCAGAAGAAUAGCACUCGCCUCUACCAUAUGUCUUGUAAAAAUGUCUGGGUCUGGAAGAUCGCUGAGGUUUGUGAUGCUGUGCCUGCUUGACACGGAAGGUGUGCCAUGCAAGGCCUAGCAUCACAGGUUUUUGAGGCGGUUCGAAAGAAGGUGUUUGUCAUGCGGGUUAAGCAUUGGGAAACGGGUGUUUUUCCCAAUGCUUAACCCGCAUGACAAACACCUUCUUUCGGCGACAGGAAAAGGAGCUCCCUUUGCUGUUUAAGCACGACAGAUUUUUGUGUGAUCCAAGUGUGCGUCACAAGGUCGCAUCCUUCCAGACCCAGACAUUUUUGCAUUUCAUAUACCACCGUGCAGGGGACGCCCAGGCAGUCGUUUUUCUCACCGCCCUUCUCCGCAGCGGGGGUGAGGAAUCUGCAAAUCGAGUUGGCGGUGAAAUUUAAACAGGCACCCAGCAAAGCCGCAACCAGCGAUGUACACAUCGGGGAGGCGCACAUCUAUUUGUGGGCGCCGAAGGGGACACAUGUGUGGUUCAGGCUGUACUUGAACGACAUGGUCAAGACAUUUGAAGGUAUUGGGAUGAUAUUAAUGUGUUUGAAAAUCACACAUGUGAACCAGAUGAGAAGGGCAUUUUCUGCACCACCACAAAAAUCCUAUCAGGAACCUACCCCUCCCGACAGCCGGUCGGCGGUUUUUUCGGCGACAUAGACGUGCCAGUCAAGCAGCCAGCCGACGACUUCAAAAUGCUGAUCACGCUCGAGGUCAGCGAGUCAAAGGUGGUCCAGAGACACGAGAUCGCACCCUAUGUCGCGGUGAACGCCCAGGACGGAAUCAGCUGCUCUGGAAACCUGUAUUUUAGUCGACACGUGAAUCACAGGCUGUUGGACCAGGUAAAUUGGUGAUGUUGUUCUUGUCCAUCUGUUCUACUUUUCAUUAAGACCGCUUGUUCAUAUGUAGUCAAACCGUUGGACCUUCGUCAACCAAAACUCUCAAGAUCCGUUCCUUGACCAGGAGGAAAUCGAAAACCUCUAAAAUCUGCACCAUGGAAAUUCCAUUAGAUCCUUUUGAAAAAGAACCGGAGCGGUUAUCUCACUGAAGCGAAUUUUCCCAGUUUCGCGCUAAGUGUCAGGCCGCUCCAAAAAUGAAUCUCUUGCCUAGUUUCUUAACUGCUUCGGCUCUUUUUCGUGCUGAAUCCGCAGUUGCUUAGCUAGGCGACACUGAUCUGUGAUUUUAGCUGUUAUAGUUCUGCUACACAGAGGAACUGGUACUACAGCCCCAGCACGGUUGUGGUGAUGUCCACCAACAUGAUUAUUACCCUUUUCAAGGCUUAAUCUUUUCCAAGAUUCAAAAGUCUGUGACGACCAAAACACUGAGACAUACGUAUGACUUCCGCACUAUCAACACUCUUUCCGCCCCGCCACCGCCUCGUGCGUGUGGUGGCACCCGUCACACCCGCACGCCCUGUGUGGCAAAAGUGUGGAUUUUUCCACCUUUCAAAUACAUGAUUACACUCCGUUUAAGGCUUAAUCUUUUCCAAGAUUGACAAGUCUUUGACGACCGAAAAACUGAGACAUACGUAUGAUUUAGGUUUAGUUUUUUACACCCUGGGAGAAACCCUCCUUCUCCGUGAUGACCAACCUUGAGUAUUCUGACACCUCUAUUCAAAGAGGUUUCGUUCGAACGUCGAUCAAGCCUCGAUGUGAAUCUAAACCAAGUUAUCCCUGUCUGAGUUGUGGUGAAACAAGUUAUCAUGCGAAACAACAGCGUUUCGCUUCGGUGCUCUUAGAUCGUUAUGAUGACCAACCUUGAGUUCUGACACCUCUAUUCAAAGAGGUUUGUCAAACGAACAAACUUCGAUGUGAAUCUCAAUCAAGUUAUCCCUGUCUGAUUUUUUUUCGUUGAUUUCUCAUACGGGAUGAGCGGUCCUAAUGCCUCUCGCAAUGACGACGUAGAACCCCAAUGAAAAAUAUCAAACCGAAAUCCGCGGUUCUACUUACAUCCAGGUCAAGCAGCAAGUCGAGGUGAUCCGCAGUAGGAUGCUGAAAAAAGUGGAAUGGAAGGUGGAGAACGCAACGCAACUCCAGGAGCAGUUUCCUGCGGGAAGCGCGAUGCUGAGUCCCUAUUUCGCUGUCGCGGGAAUCGACAAACUCAGAUUCCAGUUCUUCCCCAGUGGGUAAGUAUAUGCUUGUUGGUGUGGGUGGUGAAAGAGUAUUUUGUCAUGCAAAGAAUCGUGCAUGUCAAUUUACAUGGCACGUUUCUUCCCGGAAGAUGCACUGAAACCCAAUACAAGGUACCUCGACCCCGAUGAGAAUCCACAGGCGGUGAAGGGUUUUUGCUCGCUGUUUCUCCACUGCCCAGCCGGAACCACGAUUAAUGGCGUUCUCUCCAUCAACAUGAACGGCAACAUCCAGAAGCGACCGAUAGAGCACUUCUACCCGGACGCGGGAUCGUUUGGACGGACGUUAUUCUGCCGAUACGCGGUGAUACCAGGGUCGCAUCCCGAAGAUUUUCUGGUCAUUAGUCUCGAGGUACAGAGAAAUGCUUUCGAUGAACUUGUAAUGCAUACCAUGCAGCAAUUGAUGUUGAUAUGGUUCCUAUUACGACGCAAUUCUGUUUCAUAAUGUGCAUGAAAUGUACCGAUUCCAACAAUCCAUAAGGUCAACUCCGCGGAGCAGAAGCUGCAGUCAACAAACAAUGACGUGGACGAGAGCGGCACGCUGCAGGUGAGACGCGGCGUGGUAGACACGAGCGACCUGAACGAAGUGCGGGUCUUACCAACGCUCUGGACCCGAUAUAGCCAGAUGGGACAACGGCUCCCGAUCCGGCCCACAGAGGAUCCCCCAAAUCCCCCGCCGGUCAAGAAGAAAUCGCGGUUCUCGCUGUUGCGGCGCAACAAGUGAGUGCGGUGUGGUCGUAGGGGAAGGAAUACCGACUCCAGAAAAUCCGCGCAUCAAAUUUGUAUUUUAGCUGAGAAAGCCAUCUCGCAAUUAAUACGUUUCAACCGAAUACUCAACCACUUUUUUAUCAAACACUUCUAGUAAAAAUUUAGCUUCGAAAUACCUAACACACGUUCAACACACUUCUAAUUUAGCUUCGAGAAAACACUUCGAUAGAUUAUAAUUUCAGAGAUGAUCACGCGAGAAAUUAAGCUGCACUAAAUGCUGGUAUUGCAUGACCACACUGUUUCUAAGUUUCCACGAUAAUUUCAGAGAACACAACACUGUUUCUAAGUUUCUAACCGAGAAAACGCUAUAGGAGGACUAGAGAGCCUCCAACUUUAGAGCCUGUUAUUUAAACCUUACUUUUGCACAGAAAAACUCUCUGUCAGAGAGGCGGGGAGCACCUACUACGCAGGACCAGCACUAGCUCUACAGUUUUGUACCAAAUGAGCUAAGUCUGGUAGAGGUACUGCUACCUUCCCGCUGAAGGCGACAGCAAUCGUGUGUACUUAUUUCCUCGAAGAACGUAUCAGUAUGCAUAGAAGAAUGCACCGUAGCAGGAUGGAUCUGAGGAAUCAAUAUACACGUACCGAUAAUGCACACUUCUCGAGUUUUUAGUUUUUUGUUAAUCUCAAUUAUAACGACUGGCUUUCUGCUGCGAAUGAAGAAAACGCGAUUUCAUGUACAAAAAUCUGAUUGAGCUGCUGUUGUCGAUGAAAUUUGAAAAGAAGCUUCCGGGAGCCGCGUUUUCUUGG